UACAACACGGAGUAUCAAAGUGUUUAAUGAGAAAAUUAAAAAAAAAAGCGUGCAGCUAACUUACUUGAUGGAAAAGGAAUAUUUGUGAAUCUAAUUACAUGUUGAUCAAGGUGAAUGUUCAGGUCUCGAGACGCUUUACAAGUAGUCUCACCCUCAGACGUCACGCCCACGGAACGUUGGCUAAAGCCGUCAGUCUGAAGGCCUGGCUACGCGAGACUACAGAUUCAUCAUGGAUGACACUCAAACAUCCAGAGAUGAAAAUUUUUCACCAGGAUGCAGUUCAGUUGAUCAGAAGAGAUCAGAGCCAGAGCCCAGCUGUGUGUCUAUGAGGAGUGACGGGUCUAUGAAUCCACCAAUGCAUUUUAAGAGUGGAGAUACACAGACUGAUCUCAGUUCAGUUGAUCAGAAGAGAUCAGAGCCAGAGCCCAGCUGUGUGUCUAUGAGGAGUGACUGGUCUAUGAAUCUGCCACUGCAAUUUAAGAGUGGAGACACACAGACUGAUCUCAGUUCAGUUAAUCAGAGGAGAUCAGAGCCAGAGCCCAGCUGUGUGUCUAUGAGGAGUGACGGGUCUAUGAAUCCACCAAUGCAUUUUAAGAGUGGAGAUACACAGACUGAUCUCAGUUCAGUUGAUCCGAAGAGAUCAGAGCCAGAGCCCAGCUGUGUGUCUAUGAGGAGUGACGGGUCUAUGAAUCCACCAAUGCAUUUUAAGAGUGGAGAUACACAGACUGAUCUCAGAUCAGAGCCAGAGCCCAGCUGUGUGUCUAUGAGGAGUGACUGGUCUAUGGAUCCACCAAUGCAAUUUAAGAGUGGAGACACACAGACUGAUCUCAGUUCAGUUGAUCACAGGAGAUCAGAGCCAGAGACCAGCUGUGUGUCUAUGAGUAGUGACUGGUCUAUGGAUCCACCAAUGCAAUUUAAGAGUGGAGACACACAGACUGAUCUCAGUUCAGUUGAUCACAGGAGAUCAGGGCCAGAGCCCAGCUGUGUGUCUAUGAGGAGUGACUGGUCUAUGGAUCCACCAAUGCAAUUUAAGAGUGGAGACACACAGACUGAUCUCAGUUCAGUUGAUCACAGGAGAUCAGGGCCAGAGACCAGCUGUGUGUCUAUGAGGAGUGACUGGUCUAUGGAUCCACCAAUGCAAUUUAAGAGUGGAGACACACAGACUGAUCUCAGUUCAGUUGAUCACAGGAGAUCAGGGCCAGAGACCAGCUGUGUGUCUAUGAGGAGUGACUGGUCUAUGGAUCCACCAAUGCAAUUUAAGAGUGGAGACACACAGACUGAUCUCAGACAUGAAGUCCUCACCACGUUUAGAUCAAAUCUGAUGAAGAAGUUUGAGUGUUUUUAUGAAGGAACAGCAAAUCAAGGAAACCCAACAGUCCUGAAUGAGAUCUACACAGAGCUCUACAUCACAGAGAGUGAGAGUGGAGACAUCAGUAAUGAACAUGAGGUGAGACAGAUUGAGACACAAUCCAGGAGAGCAGCAACAGAUGACACACAGAUCAAAUGCAAUGACAUCUUUAGACCUUUACCUGGACAAGAGAAACCCAUCAGAACUGUGCUGACGAAGGGAGUCGCUGGCAUUGGAAAAACAGUCUCUGUGCAGAAGUUCAUCCUGGACUGGGCUGAAGAGAAAGUCAAUCAGGACGUCCAGCUCAUAUUUCCACUUCCUUUCAGAGAGAUCAAUCUGAUCAAGGACAAAACACUCAGUCUUUCAGGUCUCCUUCAUGUCUUUUUCCCUGAAACAAAAGAAAUGGAAAUAUCCAGUGUCAAAUAUAAAGUGUUGUUCAUCUUUGAUGGUCUGGACGAGUGUCGCCUGUCUCUGGAUUUUCAGAGUGAUGUGAGGUUGUGUGAUGUAAGUGAAUCAGCCUCAGUGGACGUGCUGCUGACGAACCUCAUUGUGGGGAAUCUGCUUCCCUCUGCUCUCAUCUGGAUCACCUCCAGACCAGCAGCAGCCGAUCUCGUCCCGUCUGAGUGUGUCCAUCGAGUGACAGAGGUACGAGGCUUCAAUGAUCCACAGAAGGAGGAAUACUUCAGGAAGAGAGUCAGAGAUCACAUUCUGGCCGAUACAAUCAUCACACACCUGAAGUCCUCAAGGAGCCUCUACAUCAUGUGCCACAUCCCAGUGUUCUGCUGGAUCUCAGCCACUGUUCUGGAGAAGAUGAUGAGCGAAACAGAGAGACGAGAGAUUCCCAAGACUCUCACUCAGAUGUACACACACUUCCUGAUCCUUCAGACCAACAUCAAACAUGAGAAGGACUAUGAGAAGCAGGUGACAGAUGAAGACAUGAUCCUCAAACUGGGGAAACUGGCUUUUCAGCAGCUUGUGAAAGGCAAUGUGAUCUUCUAUGAGGAAGACCUGAGAGAGUGUGGCAUUGAUGUGACAGAAGCAUCAGUUUACUCAGGAUUGUGCACUCAGAUCUUCAGAGAGGAGUUUGGCUGGUAUCAGGGGAAAGUCUUCUGCUUUGUUCAUCUGAGCAUUCAGGAACAUCUAGCGGCUCUAUAUGCGCAUCUCUCCUUCACAAACAACAACACAAAUGUGUUUGACUCAAUCACUAAACAGAGUUUGUGGUCUAAAGUUAAGGACUGGUUUCAACUAAUGUCUAUACAUGUUUCAUUAUCUGCUCUGCAUCAGAGAGCUGUGAAUGAGGCUCUACUGAGUAAAAAUGGACAUCUGGACCUUUUCCUGCGGUUCCUUCUGGGUCUGUCAGUGGAGUCUCUCCAGAUUCUCCUUCAAAAACUAAUGAAGCAGACAAUCAGAUCUGACAGUAAUGAGGAAACCGUUAAGUACAUCAAGAAGAAGAUCAGGACCAUUGACUCUCCAGAGAAAUACAUCAAUCUGUUCCACUGUCUACAUGAACUGGGUGAUCGUUCACUAGUGGAGGAAAUACAACAGUAUCUGAAAUCUGGAAGAAUAAAGGAAACCAAACUCUCUUCAUCUCAGUGGUCAGCUGUAGUCUUUGUGUUGUUGACAUCAGAGGAGAAGCUGGACAAGUUUGAUAUUAAUGAUUUUGUUGGAAGAGAAAAUAAAACAGAAAAACUAAAGGUUCUUCAGAAGCUGCUUCCUGUGAUUAAAGAAUCCAGAUCAGUUCAGUUGAGGGAUUGUGGCGUCACAGAUGAAGGUUUUGCUGCUCUGACUUCAGCUCUGAGAUCAAACCCUGAACACCUGAGAGAACUGGAUCUGUCUGAGAAUAAAAUAGGAGAAUCAGUGAAUCUGCUGUCUGAUGUACUACAGAAUCCUCACUGUAAACUGGAGAAACUGUGGUUGAGGGAUUGUGGCGUCACAGAUGAAGGUUUUGCUGCUCUGACUUCAGCUCUGAUAUCAAACCCUGAACACCUGAGAGAACUGGAUCUGUCUGGGAAUAAAAUAGGAGAAUCAGUGAAUCUGCUGUCUGAUGUACUACAGAAUCCUCACUGUAAACUGGAGAAACUGUGGUUGAUGGAUUGUGGCGUCACAGAUGAAGGUUUUGCUGCUCUGACUUCAGCUCUGAGAUCAAACCAUGAACACCUGAGAGUACUGGAUCUGUCUCUGAAUAAAAUAGGAGAAUCAGUGAAUCUGCUGUCUGAUGUACUACAGAAUCCUCACUGUAAACUGGAGAGACUGAGGUUGAGGGAUUGUGGCGUCACAGAUGAAGGUUUUGCUGCUCUGACUUCAGCUCUGAGAUCAAACCCUGAACACCUGAGAGUACUGAGUCUGUCUGGGAAUAAAAUAGGAGAAUCAGUGAAUCUGCUGUCUGAUGUACUACAGAAUCCUCACUGUAAACUGGAGAUACUGGGGUUGAGGGAUUGUGGCGUCACAGACGAAGGUUGUGCUGCUCUGACUUCAGCUCUGAGAUCAAACCCUAAACACCUGAGAGUACUGAAUCUGUCUGGGAAUAAAAUAGGAGAAUCAGGAGUGAAGCUGCUCUCUGAUCUGAAGGAUGAUCCACAUUACAAACUGAAGGAACUAGUUUACUGACUUUUAGUGUUUAGACGUCAGUCCAGUUUCCUCAGGAUCAGCUGAUGGUGAAUAAGGAGCCGCUACAGAGACUGAAGACACAGAGACACACAGUGAUCACACUGACGUGUGUGUAUGACUUCGCACCAGUCUCUUGUUUUAUAGUAAUGGCUCAUGAAAAUGAGUGCUGAAAAAUAGCAGCUUUGAAUUGCUUAAAAAAUCUGAGACUACAGAAAAGAUCAAUGUUGUACAUUUUUCUACCAGCAGAAGGAGACAAAGAUUCUGCAAAUAAUUUCACUGAACAUUUAUUUCUGUAAAAUAUUCAUUAGUAUUUAUAGUAGGGUCUGGACCCUUCCGACAUUAUUCAUUAUAUACAAAGGUUUAUGAAACUCCAAAACUAACAUCCCAAAGGAACUGAACACCAGGACUGAAACAGUGUCAUGUGACAGGGCUGAUAAGGAGGUUUUACGACCACAUUCCUUUGGAAGAGAGUGCAUGUACGAGAGAGAGACAAUGGGAAGACAGGAACCAUCUUUAAAACAGACUGUGCUGCAUUAAUCAUAGACUAACUGAUCUAUAAAUGAACAUGCUUCAUAGCAUUGUGAAAAUGAUUUACUGUCUUGUGUACUAUUGUGUACAUAUUAUGGUAUGUAACUUGGUAUACAACCAACUAACAAUCAAUGUAAACUUCACCUGUAUCAUGCCUCCUACCUAAUUAAUCCUCAUUUAAUGAGUCACACUUUGAUGGACAUCACCUUCUUCUAGAAUGCAGUGUGGAUGUGUUAUAUCUAUCUGAGCAUUAUUGAAGGUAUGACCACGCUUGGGACAAAGACUCGUAAAUUUACUAGAGCAACCCACUCGGACAUUUCACCAUGCUUAUUGGUCCAGUCAAACCUUAGGGGUUGGAUCUUUCUCAGGCUUUAUAAGAGACAGUCCACAUGUGACCUCUCUCUCUUAGUUUUUCAUCCAGCUGCAAACACUGUUUCUGGUGAUACUGGGGAACCCCUUCCCUCUCCACGGGGGCCCAGCAGGCCUUGAUCCAACCAGAUAUGAGCUCAUGCAGGAGAGAGAAGACUCUCUCACAAAGAAACAAGCACAAUCUCAGGAGUUUGGAACCAGGACUCCAACCAACGACUCCAAUCACCUACUCUUCUGACUUCCUCACUUCUCCUGGGUGCCAAGGACAACUGUUUGUUUAGUUUAUUAUCAUGAUUUAUUCAUGUUUAUGAUAAAACUUUUGCACUUUAUGUAUUUGGUUCUGAUUCAAAGUCUCUUUUAUGAUCUUUAUCUGCUACAUGCUAAGAAAUAAUUAUUCUUCUGUGGCCGUGAAAGAUACCCUUUUCUUAGAAUAAAUUAAUAAACAAAAGAGUUUGUUGGACGAA